CGGCCGCUUUAAGGCGCGCGGCAUUGUGGGUGCGGGGAGUGGAAUUUUGGAGCGAGAAGUACAGUAGUAAGAGUAACGUUGUAGCCGCCGCCGGCUGAGGGGGCGCGCCGCGGAGGGGACGCUGCACCCCCUUUCCGUCGCAGGGACCCCACUCCCAGCACACUACCGGAGGGAAGAGGCGCCCGAGGACCCGCCCGGCCCAGUCCACGUUUCCCCCAGGAAGCUGGACUCUAUGGGGCGGGACCCUGGGGGAGACUGAGCAGACCCGCCGCCCGCCGCGCACCCCUGAACCGCGAGCCAGGGGCGCCCCGGGAGCACCGCCGGGGGGGCCCGCCCGCCGCCAUGAGUGAGGUGGUCAUCUGUUCCAGCCGGGCCACUGUGAUGCUUUAUGAUGACAGCAACAAGCGAUGGGUCCCAGCCGGCACGGGUCCCCAGGCCUUCAGCCGCGUGCAGAUCUACCACAACCCCACAGCCAACUCCUUCCGGGUCGUGGGCCGAAAGAUGCACCCUGACCAGCAGGUGGUCAUCAACUGUGCCAUUGUCCGGGGUGUCAAGUAUAACCAGGCCACCCCCAACUUCCAUCAGUGGCGCGACGCCCGCCAGGUCUGGGGCCUCAACUUCAGCAGCAAGGAGGAUGCGACGCAGUUCGCUGCCGGCAUGGCCAGUGCCCUAGAAGCCUUGGAAGGAGGGCCCCCUCCUGGGCCUCCCACACCGUCUGCCUGGUCAGCCCAGAACGGACCCUGCCCGGAGGAGCUGGAGCAACAGAAAAGGCAGCAGCCCAGCCAGCCAGAGCACAUGGAGCGCGAGCGCCGGGUCUCCAGUGCAGGAGGCCCUCCUGCUCCCCCAGCUGGGGGGCCGCCCCCGCCUCCGGGACCUCCUCCUCCUCCAGGUCCCCCCCCACCUCCAGGGCUGCCCCCCUCAGGGCUCCCAGCUGCAGGUCAUGGAGCAGGGGGAGGCCCGCCCCCUGCGCCCCCUCUGCCUACAGCACAGGGUCCCAGUGGUGGGGGUGCUGGGGCCCCUGGCCUGGCCGCAGCAAUCGCUGGAGCCAAACUCAGGAAAGUCAGCAAGCAAGAGGAGGCCUCAGGGGGGCCUUUGGUUCCCAAAGCUGAGAGCACCCGAAGCACAGGCGGGGGGCUCAUGGAGGAGAUGAACGCCAUGCUGGCCCGGAGAAGGAAAGCCACACAAGUUGGAGAGAAACCCCCCAAGGAUGAAUCUGCCAGUGAGGAGCCAGAGGCCAGAGUCCCAGCCCAGAGUGAACCUGUGCGGAGACCCUGGGAGAAGAACAGCACAACCUUGCCAAGGAUGAAGUCGAUGUCUUCCAUGGCAGCUUCCGAGGCCCACUCCACGCCCGGCUCUGCCAGUGAGUCAGACCUGGACAGCGUGAAGCAGGAGCUUCUGGAAGAGGUGAGGAAGGAACUGCAGAAAGUCAAGGAGGAGAUAAUUGAAGCCUUUGUCCAGGAACUGAGGAAGCGGGGUUCGCCCUGACCCCCGGGAUGCAAAAGACCCACUUCUUUCGGCACACCCCGCGCCUGUCGCCCUGCUUCCCUGCCUCAACUUGAUACGGAAUUGGCUGAAGACUACACAGGAAUGCAUCUUCCCCCCUCCCCAUCCCACUUGGAAAAUUCCAAGGGGGUGUGGCUUCCCUGGCACCAUGCCCACACCCAUACUGGCUGCUGAUUGGCUGGGGAGGCCCCCACCUUUGCUCCCUUUGGUCCUUCACCUCUGCCGUCCCCUUGGGGCUGGUUCCUCUGCUGGGGAUGUACCAAUGAACCCCACAGUAAGGGGGAAGGAAGGAGGGAAUUUCACAUUCCCGUGUUCGAGAUUCACUUUAACACUUAUGCCUUCGAUUUUUUUGUUUUUUU